UCUUCUUAUGUUGUUGCUUUCAAUUGAUGAUGUACUUUCUCCAUAGAUAUUGUUAGAAUUGUUUAACGUCAUGUAUGAAAAAGCAGCCAACAAGCGAGAAAUAGAAACUGAAGAUGGUACGGCUUUUUGGAAUCGAGCAGGACGUGUAGUAUUCUAGUCACAACAGAACUGCGGAACUGUUUCGGUGCGCAAAUCAUUGAUUAAGAACAGAAGACCAUGUUUGCCACAGGAAGAGGUCAAGAUGACUUCGCAGAGGUUGAGGAUAUGGACACUUCAGAUACUCAGUGGUGCUGGUUUUAUCUGGCUGAUUGUGGGGUUUGGCAUAUGUUUGAGGUUGACUCAAGCUCAACAUGCAACAUGACAAGUGAGGUCAUUGAGAAGCACUACAGAAGCAACCAGCAAGGUGUUGUCGAAUUCUCUACAGCCAAAUAUACAUAUCUGUUGGAUUUUUCAGUGAUGAAACAGACAAACACAAAAACUGGAAAACAACAGCCGAUCAAGCGUGCACUUUAUUCUGUGACUGCUUUCAGGUUUAUAUGUGAUAAUCUUGCUUUGCCAGUUCCUUCUCAUUGGGAAUUUGUUGACACAGAUCAACCCUACCAGGUGGUCAGUUUGCGUAGAGACACCUAUGAAUACAAAGAGGUAGCCAGACUCUUUGAAAGGACAAUGACUUCAGUGAUGAUUCAGGCAAUUAAGAGAAUUCAGAACUUAGACCUAUGGGAGUUUUUUUGCAGGAAAAAGGCCCAACUGAGAAAGAUAAAACAUGCUGAAGACAUCGAAGAAAGAAUGCUGUUCCAUGGCACCAGCCCUUAUGUAACCCAUGCGAUAUGCACACACAAUUUUGACUGCAGGUUAAGUGGCAGCCAUGGGCAUGUUUUUGGAAAAGGAGCAUAUUUUGCAAGACAUGCAUCCUACUCUAAGAAAUACUGCUGUACUACUCAAAACCACAUAAGAACUUUAGAAAACUACAGUGUGGCAAAGCCAGCACCUCUACCUGAGAACACACCUCCCUUUAAGGCAAUGUUUCUCGCUCGAGUGCUUGUUGGCGAUUACACCAUGGGAAAGGAGACCUAUUACCGACCGCCAUCCAAAGACAAAAGCACUGUGAACCUCUACGACAGCUGUGUGGAUGAUAUCACCCAUCCAAAAAUUUUUGUGAUCUUUGAUAGCAAUCAGAUAUAUCCAGAAUAUUUAAUAGAGUUUUAUUGAAUGAAUGAGGUUUUUUUCCCCUAAUGCUUUAAUUUGUUAUCAGAUUAUUAUGUUUAAAUAAUCAAAAAAGACUGUACCUUAGAUUGCAGUUUUGUCAGUUAUUUUCUUCUUAAUGAUUUUUUUUAUUUGUGGUAAUAUUAGGCAUAUACAAUUGAUUGACCUCUAAAGACUGUAUUAGUUAUUUUUAUUUUUACAAAGAUAUUUACUCACAAAUAAAUUAUUUAAUUUA